AUAGUCGAUGAUCAACAACAAAAAGUUAAUCUCACUUUUAUUAUUUAAUAGUUUUCUGUUUCUUUAAUUGUUUCUUGUUUUCUACUGGAUACCCUGUAGUUAUCACUCACUUAUCUUCUUUUUUCUCUCUCUAUUUCAAUUAUCUCGUUCAGUCCUUCAUCAUCAUUCAGAGAAUCUAAUCAACCAAUUAUAUUGUUAAUCUCAAUUUUGUUAACAUCGUAAAUUGCUGCUUAAUUCAUUCAUCUUUUGGAAAUUAAUCUCGAACAACCAAUUAAAUAAUUAUGGCUCAAGUUGAAGUUAAAAUUACUCAGAUUUUCAUCAACAAUGAAUUUGUUGAUUCUGUUAAUGGUAAAAAAUUUCCAACAAUUAAUCCAUCAACUGGUGAACAAAUUUGUUUAGUUGCCGAGGGAGAUUCAGCAGAUAUUAACAAGGCUGUUGCAGCUGCAAAAGAAGCGUUUAAACUUGGAUCAGAAUGGCGAACUAUGGAUGCCUCAGCUCGUGGUAAAUUACUUAAUAAACUUGCAGAUCUUAUUGAACGUGAUGCUGAUUACCUUGCGAAACUGGAAACAUUAGACAAUGGAAAACCUUAUAAAUUAGCUAUUGGGGAUGUUUAUGCUUCUGCUGGUCAUCUUCGUUACUAUGCUGGUUGGUCUGAUAAAGUACAAGGUAAAACUGUUCCUAUGGAUGGUGAUCAUUUUUCUUUCACUCGAGUUGAACCUUUCGGUGUUUGUGGUCAAAUUAUCCCAUGGAACUUUCCUCUCAUGAUGUUCAUCUGGAAAAUUGCUCCAGCCUUGUGUUGUGGUAACACUGUGGUUCUUAAACCAGCCGAGCAAACACCCUUGACAGCUCUUUAUGCUUGUUCGUUGAUUAAAGAGGCAGGAUUCCCCGCCGGUGUUGUUAAUGUUGUUCCUGGUUAUGGUCCAACUGCCGGUGCUCCUUUGGUUACUCAUCCUGAUGUUGCUAAAAUUGCAUUUACUGGUUCAACUGAAGUUGGUAAGAUUAUCUUACAAUCAGCUGGAAAAGAUUCAAUUAAAAAGGUAUCACUUGAACUUGGUGGUAAAAGUCCAUUGGUAGUUAUGAAUGAUGCUGACAUCGAUCUUGCUGUUAAUAUCGCUCAUGAAGCUUGUAUGUUUAAUCAAGGUCAAUGUUGUUGUGCUGCAACUCGAACGUUCGUCCAAGAAAGUAUUUACGACGAGUUUGUACAAAAGAGUCGUGAACUUGCUUUAAAACGAACUGUUGGUGAUCCAUUUAAUGAUUCAACUGCACAAGGUCCACAAAUUGAUGACGAUCAAUUCAAGAAGAUUUUAAGUCUAAUUGAAGAUGGAGAAAAAGAAGGAGCUAAACUCGAGUGCGGAGGUAAAGCCGUUGGAAACAAAGGUUACUUUAUCCAACCAACUGUUUUCUCUAAUGUCAAGGAUAACAUGAAGAUCGCUGUUGAAGAAAUUUUCGGUCCUGUUCAACAGAUUCUUAAAUUUAAGACUUUAGAUGAGGUUAUCGAACGAUCAAAUGAUACAACUUAUGGAUUAGCCGCUGGUAUCAUAACCAAAGACAUGGACACCGCCUUAAUGUACACUCAAGGAGUUCGAGCGGGAACAGUUUGGGUUAACACUUUCCUUGCUUUUGGACCACAAAUGCCAUUUGGUGGUUACAAAAUGUCUGGUAUUGGACGAGAAGGAGGAGAAGACGGAAUCAAAGAAUACUGUCAAGUCAAAUCCGUUGUUGUCAAGAUCCCAAAGAAAAAUGCCUAAAAAAGCAUAUCGGAUGGACGCUUUAAAAAAAUUCCAUUAAUUUUAACAUUACCAAGGAUAUUAACCACUUACCUUUAUCUUAAUUGCUUCAAAUUAUUACUAAGAUAAAAUCUUUUUCAUUUAAAUGAUGAUUAUACAAUACUAACCCUACAAAACAAAAUCUUAAUCAAUAAAUAUAAUCUAAUUACAGAAAAAAA